CCAUGGCGUAUUUGCUAACAUUUGGCAUUAUUACCGCCCUAAUCCUUGCCAGCGUGUCCUUAUAUCGCUAUGGCAACAUACCACGUCAGCACAUUUUAGUGACACUUUCCGUUCUGACGGCCUGGUGUUUCUCCUUUUUGAUUGUAUUCACCAUUCCUCUGGAUGUCACCUCGACAUUAUAUCGACAAUGCCUGGCAGAACAUAAACCGGCGCCGGCAGUGGAUAACAUUACCAGCAAUACACAAGGUGCUGCAUUGGCCACACCUGCUCCUCCUAGGCCUGCGCCAUGUCAGGAGCCAUGGGGAAUGGUACCUGAAUCGGUCUUUCCCGAUUUGUGGCGCAUUAUUUACUGGAGUUCCCAGUUUCUCACCUGGUUGAUUAUGCCUCUAAUGCAAUCGUAUCUAAAGGCCGGAGAUUUUACAGUGAAGGGCAAACUGAAAUCCGCACUAAUCGAGAAUGCCAUAUACUAUGGCUCGUAUCUUUUCAUUUGCGGUGUCCUCUUGAUCUAUAUAGCCGCCAAGGGUGAGUCCCUGGAUGGACCAAAAUUGAAGGCAAUUGCGUCAUCAGCAUCAAAUACCUGGGGCCUAUUCCUGCUUAUCCUAUUGUUGGGCUAUGCUCUGGUCGAGGUCCCACGUUCGCUGUGGAACAAUGCAAAACCGGGAUUCACACUGCAGUAUGCCUACUUCAAGGCAGCCAAACUGAGUACAGACAAAGCUGAGGCCGAGGAGCAUGUCGAUGAUAUACUGGAAUCGCUUCAGUGCAUUAGCCGGACAGUGCCCAAUAAUCAUGAGUUGCGUCCCUGUCUGGAGACAAUAUUGCGUAAAGUUCCAAUUGAGCUUCAGGAGCGUGCAAGUCGAAAUUUUGCCCGUACUGGUGGCAGCGGCAUGGGAUCGGGUUCAACCACUUCCACCAUACUGCCAUCGGAAAAGGCUUUGGUCCGUAUACACAAGCAAGUGAUCAAAUCGUUGCAAACUCUACAGCGCACCGAGGCAUUGUGGAGUGUGCAGGUGAAUCGUGUACUCCAUUUGGAGGAUGUAGCUAGAAAUAUUCACUCCUCCGAGCGGCGCUUUAAAUCGGAAUUCACACGACAGCGUUCGCCAAUGGAGAGGAUUUGUUAUAGUCCGACUUUGGAAUGGUAUUGGGAAUGCUUACUGAAGCCACCAUUCCUUAAGACGCUGUGCGUCAUAACGGCAACCAUGUCCGCCAUGGUUGUGUGGAGCGAGCUGACCUUCUUUAGCCGUCAUCCCGUGCUCUCUGUGUUCGCCAAUGUAAUUUAUGUGGCCAAGGAAAGCUAUGACUUCUUCACCAUCGAAGUGUUCUCCAUGAUUGUGCUGUGUUACUUCUUCUAUUGCACCUAUUCGACGAUAUUGCGCAUACGUUUCCUCAACCUCUACUACUUGGCUCCACAUCACCAGACGAACGAACACAGCCUGAUCUUUAGUGGCAUGUUGCUGUGCCGUCUUACCCCACCCAUGUGUCUCAAUUUCUUGGGUCUCAUACACAUGGAUUCGCAUAUAAUACAGAAGCGGAUUAUGGAAACAUAUUACACCCAAAUUAUGGGCCAUAUGGAUGUUAUUGGCAUCAUUUCCAAUGGAUUCAACAUCUAUUUUCCUAUGUGCAUGCUGGCCUUUUGCUUGGCCACUUGGUUUAGCCUGGGUAGUCGUGCUCUGAAUGCCUUGGGUUUUCAGCAAUUUUUGCAGAACGAAACCAUUGCCACCGAAUUGGUGCAGGAGGGCAAGGAUUUGAUUGCACGUGAGAAGCGUCGACGUCAGCGUGCCGAAGAAUCCAUGGCUAGGCGUAGGGAUCUCGGACGACCCCUGGAUUUAAUUCCACCUGGCGGCAAUGAUUUUUUAAAUAAAUAUCGCACAAGUGGAGCUGGUGGCGUAACGAGUAGUCGGACACCAGCCGAUGGAUUACUACGAGAUGGCGAAAGUGGUUAUGAUUAUGCCGCGGUGGCCUCUUCUGCAUCGGCCCUGGGUGUGCCUCGUUCCCUGUCCGAGGAGAUAAACGAACGCUUUGGCAGGAGUACCCAAAUGCAAGUAGGAUUCCGUGGCACAAAUGAACUUGAUCAAGAUUAUGAAAUGGAACACGAACGUCGCAUUGUUGGGCCGCCACCCAGAGGACUCUUUGAUGAUGUUUAGUCUCGAAAUUUAUUGCAAUUUAUUACCCGCCCUUGCCACCCCAUCAUAUAUAAUAUUAUAUCUCAAUGUCUAGUACUCUUUGGCGUCGUUCACAAUAAAUUAGAAUAAACUAAA